AUGAGUUGGUCACCUUCCCUGCCAACCCAGACAUGUGGGGCCUGGGAAAUGAAAGAACGACUUGGGACAGGGGGAUUUGGAAACGUCAUCCGAUGGCACAAUCAGGAAACAGGGGAGCAGAUCGCAAUCAAGCAGUGCCGACAGGAGCUCAGCCCCCGGAAUCGGGAGCGGUGGUGCCUGGAAAUCCAGAUCAUGAGAAGGCUGAACCACCCCAACGUGGUGGCUGCCCGGGACGUCCCCGAGGGCAUGCAGAGCUUGGCGCCUAAUGACCUGCCCCUGCUGGCCAUGGAGUACUGCCAAGGGGGAGAUCUCCGAAAGUACCUGAACCAGUUUGAGAACUGCUGUGGCCUGCGGGAAGGAGCCAUCCUCACCUUGCUGAGUGACAUUGCUUCUGCCCUGAGAUACCUUCAUGAAAACAGAAUCAUCCAUCGGGAUCUAAAGCCAGAAAACAUCGUUCUACAGCAAGGAGACCAAAGGUUAAUACACAAAAUUAUUGACCUAGGAUAUGCCAAGGAGCUGGAUCAGGGCAGUCUUUGUACUUCCUUUGUGGGGACCUUGCAGUACCUGGCCCCGGAGCUGCUGGAGCAGCAGAAGUACACGGUGACGGUCGACUACUGGAGCUUCGGCACCUUGGCCUUUGAGUGCAUCACGGGCUUCCGGCCCUUCCUCCCCAACUGGCAGCCGGUGCAGUGGCAUUCAAAAGUUCGGCAGAAGAAUGAGGUGGACAUUGUUGUUAGUGAAGACUUGAGUGGAGCAGUGAAGUUUUCAAGCUCUUUACCCUACCCCAAUAAUCUUAACAGCGUGCUGGCCCAGCGACUGGAGAAGUGGUUGCAGCUGAUGCUGAUGUGGCACUCCCGACAAAGGGGCACAGAUCCGGUAUAUGGGCCCCAUGGCUGCUUCAAGGCCCUGGAUGACAUCUUAAACCUAAAGCUGGUUCAUAUCUUGAACAUGGUCACAGGCACCAUUCACACCUAUCCUGUGACGGAGGAAGAGAGUCUGCAGAGCUUAAAGGCCAGAAUCCAGCAAGACACUGGAAUCCCAGAGGAGGACCAGGAGCUGCUGCAGGAAGCGGGUCUGGCUUUGAUCCCUGACAAGCCUGCCUCUCAGUGUAUUUCCGAUGGGAAGCUAAAUGAGGGCCGCACAUUGGACAUGGAUCUUGUUUUUCUCUUUGACAACAGUAAAAUCGCAUAUGAGACUCAGAUCUCCCCACGGCCCCAACCUGAAAGUGUCAGCUGUAUCCUUCAAGAGCCCAAGAGGAACCUGUCUUUCUUCCAGCUGAGGAAAGUGUGGGGCCAGGUCUGGCACAGCAUCCAGACCCUGAAGGAGGAUUGUAACCGGUUGCAGCAGGGACAGCGAGCUGCCAUGAUGAAUCUCCUCCGGAAUAACAGCUCCCUGUCCAAGAUGAAGAAUUCCAUGGCUUCCAUAUCUCAGCAGCUGAAGGCCAAGUUGGAUUUCUUUAAAACCAGCGUCCAAAUUGACCUGGAGAAGUAUAGUGAGCAAACUGAGUUUGGGAUCACCUCGGAUAAACUGCUGCUGGCCUGGAGGGAAAUGGAGCAGGCGGUGGAGCUCUGUGGGCGGGAGAAUGAAGUGAAGCAUCUAGUGGAACGGAUGAUGGCACUGCAGACGGACAUUGUGGACUUACAGAGGAGCCCAAUGGGCCGGAAGCAGGGCGGCACGCUGGAUGACCUAGAAGAGCAAGCGAGGGAGCUUUACAGGAGGCUAAGGGAAAAGCCAAGAGACCAGCGGACUGACGGGGACAGUCAGGAAAUGGUGCGGCUGCUGCUUCAGGCAAUCCAAAGCUUUGAGAAGAAAGUGCGAGUAAUCUAUACGCAGCUCAGUAAAACUGUGGUUUGCAAGCAGAAGGCUCUGGAAUUAUUGCCCAAAGUGGAAGAGGUGGUGAGUUUAAUGAAUGAGGAUGAGAAGACUGUUGUGCGGCUUCAGGAGAAGCGGCAGAAGGAGCUCUGGAAUCUCCUGAAGAUCGCUUGUAGUAAAGUACGAGGUCCUGUCAGUGGAAGCCCAGAUAGCAUGAACGCCUCUCGGCUUGGUCACGCGGGUCAGCUGAUGUCACAGCCCCCCACGUCCCCCGACAGUUUACCUGAGUCGAUCAAGAAGAGUGAAGAACUUGUGGCUGAAGCACAUAAUCUCUGCACCCAGCUGGAAAAUGCAAUGCAAGACACCAUGAAAGAACAGGACCAGAGUUUUAUGACUCUAGACUGGAGCUGGUUACAGCUGGAGGAGGAAGAGCAGAAUGGCCUGGAGCAGGCCUCGUGACUGUGUGUGGAGGGGUGCCGACCACCUGAGGUGGGGCUCCCUGGCCUGAAGCGCUCCCUGCCACAGUGGCCCUGCUAUAAUGAUAUCCCAGAGACCUCAGCACCCAGAUGGACAUCUUCUCAGAAGUCGUGACUUUCACCCAGAACCACGGGUGUGGCUGUCACUGGGCAGUGCCGGGCAUCCUGCCUGCACACCCGGGAGGUCGUCCAUCACAGAGACUUUGAAGCCAAGUCACAAGCUUACGGGAAAUAGAGCCAUAUAACAGCUACUUCCUCUGCAGUGGGACAAGUGGCCAAAGUAGAGGCUGCCCCACAGAACACUGGACAAAUGUGCAACUAGAAUGUUUUAGGACAAAUGAUACCUGGCCCUCGGUGCCAGCCGGUCCUCUCCUGACCCCUCCUGAUCUCCAGGCCCUAAUCCACCUGCUCCCUCUCAUCUUACAGCUAUGCAUUUUGUCUGGAUUUGGGUUCUCUUAAACAGGAUUUUAAAUCAUAGAUUUGGCCUGGCCCCAUCCUCUCUCUUCCUUUUUAUUUCACUUCUGCUAAAAUCUUACUUUUACCUAAUACUUUGGACGUUGUGUCCUGCUUUCAGCAAGGUUAUGGCGAAUGCUGAGCACUAUCUGUGGUCCUUUCAGCCACAGAGUGACUCACUAGAGCCAGGACAGAAGAGCACUUACCUUCUUUUGGGCCUCAAAGAUGAUCCGGGAGUGAGUGUCAUGGUGAAGAUGACAAGAAAAGGGUACCUGUCAGUCACUGGCCUGCUGACCACAGAGGCCCACACCUCCCUGUCCUCGCCCAGGCAGGGACAGGGAUGCAGGGGUUCUGUCUCUCACAUCAUCUAGCAGUAUUAAAUUGACUUUUUGUUAAGACAGUUUCUGUAUUUUGUAACAUGAUUCAAACAUUUAUACCAAAUUUCGUAAUCCAUUUUUAUUUUUCUAACUAUUGUUGGUACUUCUACUACACUCAAAAGCCAACUUAGUGAAAAAUGUUAUAAAAUUGAAUAGUACCCCAAUCAUAAACAGGUCCAUGGCACUGCCUCUUUAGCAUUUCACAGAACUCAUUUACUUAAAAACAGGAGAACAAAACAAGUUCAGAUGAUCACAAAUAAGUGAGCUUGGAUGCAGAAGGAAGUUGGAGUAGAAAAAUGUCACAAAAUGAGUUCCACGGAGAUAGCUUAAAGGGUUCCAUGGUCAAGUAAGUUUAGGAAAUGCUUCAUUCUUUAAUUGCCUCUUCAAGAUUCAUGUUGUACACUGGUAUCAGAAAAGUUGUGUAACAAAGAAACUGGUUUCACUUUAUAUAAAUCCUCUGUUUACCAAACUCAUUUGA